CGCGACUGUUAUGUUAGACUAUGGUAUUUACGAUUCGGAGUAAUAGGAUCUUUGGUUCGUACCUGUAGAUUGUUGAGGAAAUCUUUGGCGUAGUCGUAUGCGCUACUUGUAUGUAGUGUGUGGGAGUGGUGUUAAAAGUGGAAAUUUGACAACAGAGUCAGUUACUAGUAUGUGAUGGAACUUUGUGAGCGUUCUUUGUCAGUAAAAGAAGCCGCGUACAUAAUUUUUCAGUAGUCCCCAAAGAAAUAGUGUUAGCGCUGUGUGCUAAUUUCGUCAACCUGUCAGAUGCCGAAGAGUUGAGAAUGAGUACAGAUGACGCCUCACAAUUCCCUAAGGUUUCCGAGGGAAAUGCCAAAAAAUGGGUGUCGUUCGAAGAGGAAGAACAAGAAAAAAUGGACAAAGAAAUGAGCAAAGUGGCCCCAAAAUUACCUUUACCCGUCACCAAUGAAGACGCAGACGACGAGUACCAUGGCGCUAUUAUCAAUCCAGAAACAGUGCAUGUGAAUCUCGACCGAAGCUUGAGUAGAUCCGUUUCGCCGGAAAAACUUCCAGAACCACCAAAAAGAAAAGUUAUAAAACCUUCGCCGAGCGAGGCAUCGGAAUAUAGCGGUACAGUUAUGGGCUCUGAAUCUGUCCACCUCAACAUAGAUAAAACAUCAUACAGUCGAGCUACAGCAGAAGAAUCUGAUAAAAGGAGCAGUGUGCCACCGACGAAAGCGAACAGUACAGAAGUGACACUUCGUACAGUAGACCUGAGGGAUGUCAGUAAUGGCACUCAUGCAGCUAGUAACAGAGGACCGUCGAUCAAUAGUGCAAUUAUUAGACAAGGAUUUGCUAAUGGGGACAUAAUUGUAACACUGCUUCCAGUCAAUACAAAAUGGCCAUGGAUUACACCAGCUAAAUUUCGACCAGAAUUAGUACCUGAGGAACUCAUGGCUCAAGGUUUAACACUAACAGUAGAAGAUUAUGUUCAUGUGAUGGAAAUACUGACAAAUGAUUUUAGGUUCAACAUUUACAAUAUAUGCUACAAACGCAUUCUUGUAGCCUGGAUAUUUACAGCAUUUGUUGUCCUACUUGGUCUUCUGUUUUCUGGGGUGACUGGUUUGACACUAUUUGGACUUGGUGUUAUGUGGCUCAUCCUGAAUGCUUUAGCAAUUUUUUUCUGUAUGUGGGUGAAAAUUAGGUUAAACCAUAACUUGGAGCGCUGUAUGGCACAAGUAAACAAGCACUUACUGAAGCACAGAAUCAUUCUGGGACUUGAUGAUAGAGGAAAAUUGUCUUGCCAUAAAGUGAAUUUAUGCUUCAUUUACUUUGAUGCUGUUGAUUGCAUUAAAAAACUUCAAGAAGUAAUAGAAAGGGAGGAACGUGAAGGCCGUCCUGUAAACAGAGAGGAAACUGUUGAAGAGCGUAGACAGAGACAACAAUUUCAGCUGAGAAUGGACAUAGAAGAUCAUGACAUUAUUAUUCAGGGAAGCAACACAACAAGAGUGUCUCGGAAACAGGAAAGAGGGGAGCAGUUACUGAAUCGCUACUUACAACGUUGGUCAAAGGAUUAUCUCCGUCGUCGUUUGGACUGGACUGUGGAUGAGGCUGGUGGAAAUCCUGUUGAUCCUCGCCAUCUCUCCUCUGCAUUAUGCCCUUGCCAAUAUAUUGAAGAAUACUUAAAAAAUAAACCUCGCUCUGAUCACCGAAGUUUUUGUCCCUGUAUUACAACAUGGCUUGCAAAACGAGGCAUUGAUUGAUUUCUUAAGUGAGGGAAGAAUUUGUGUCACCAUUCUGUGGGGGUUUUCUGUCAAUAUAGGUGGUCAUUAUAUAUAUAUAUAUAUAUAUAUAUAUAUAUAUAUAUAUAUAUAUAUAUAUAUAUUUGUUUUCAAUUGAGGCAGUUAUAACAUUGCAAGAAUUUCUAGUGUACUGUAUAAAUAACUUAGAAUUAUGUUUUAGACUUGAUACCAAAGGCUUGUUUUCUGUUUUAAUAUCUUCACAUAAUAGAAAAUAAUCCACUAAGGUAUCCUGUGUCAGGUGAGUGUGUGUGGGGCGGGUGGGGGUGCAGAUUUUGAUGAAAUUGUGCACUAGAUCACUGUUAAGUGAAUGAUUGCAGCUUGUGAACAUCUAUAGUAUAGUGUUGCACACUUAACCGCCCGACCCUCAGUCCUCGCUGUAACAGAUAUACAUAUUAACUUCUUAUAAUUUUUCCAUCUUGUGGCUUCUUCGUAUGGCUUUCUAGUAGCACUUUACUAACAGUGAUACCUUCAUUAAACAUCUGGCUUCUACAAUUUGUUGCUUUUAAAAAUAUGUUAUUUUGUUUUUAGAUUUAAUUGUUCUGUUCUAUGCAUCUUAUCUGCCCUGCACAUUACUUGCCUCUGUGUUUUAUUGCAAGCAUUGUUUUGCACGUUCAUUAGGUUGGAGUAUGGUGUGUCACGAAUUUUCCUUUGUAUGCGCCUUACGUUAUGAAAGCAUGUAAUGGUGAUUGAUGUGUCUGGAGUAGUAAUAGGUUAUUAUACAGAUAGGAUUUCAAAUUCUGAAAUUAUGUUUUGAAGAGUCUGUUCACCUUUUUUACAGAAGCCUUCCAGAUCAGCUCCUGUCACUCUGUAAUUCAGUUCAUGCAAUUUCAACAGCUGCCAGAUGAACUACUUUAAAAGCCCAAUUAAUAGACUUUUCUCCAGUGAGUGACUAUACACUGCAUCAAUUCUCCAUCUGUUUUACCAUACUGUCAAGUCCCAGACUAUAGUGUGAGACAUCUUUCUUUUUUCACAAGGCACAGGUUCCCUUUCACAAAUCUCUCCUUUACUCCUGGUAUACCACACUGUGGUUAGAUUACUCGUGACAAUAUUUUAGAUGUUCUUUUAGCAGAUCUUGAGUAUUUUUUAAAUAUUUGUCAGUUCUAUGUGUAAUACUGUAGGACCUUUGAAUCUCCUCCCCCCCUUCAAGAGUUUUAUUUAUUGUUACUGCAAAUGGUCAUAACAUUGGUGAUAUUUUUCUUGACUUGAGUGUAGGGAUGGUUUUUGGAGGCUUUAUAUUUAAAAUUUAACAAUGCAAAUGUGGGCAUCUCAUUUAUGUUCUGGGCACUAAAAGUUCUAUCUAGUUCUGUCCUCAUUGGAAAUUGUUCUUUGUUUUGUUAGAUUACAAUUUGUUGUUCAGUGAUUCAGUUACAAUUAACUGCACUAAAAAUAAAUGGCAUUCACUUUGCAUGUGCAUCUUUGUUUUCUCACUUUCGUCCUUUUCCUAACCCCUAACUUUCUUGUAAAUACACUGUUCACUGGCCUCACUGUCAGAUUCACCCAAAAAACUAUUUAAUAUCUACUUCACAAAAUUAUUUUCACUUUUGCUUUAAUGUUCUGUCUUCAGAUACACUAGUAGCCAUGAAAUUCUCUUGAAAUUGUUACUCUUGAAUAUUUCUUUUCUGUGCUGAAAUUGCUUUCUCUAAGAAUUCUGUGUCCAUUUGCCAAACGGUACAAUGUGACAUAUUUUCUAAUGGGCUGAUUGCCUAAUUAUAUAAAUGUCACUCCAGCAGCCUUUAAAUAAUUAGGUUUAACAGUAUGAAUGUGGGGAUCAGUAGUAGGGAAUGUCACUGAUAUAUUUAAAUUUCUUUUGGUUUUAUUGGAAAGGCAGAGUAUUUGUUAAGCAAUCAGCAUACAAGAUUAGUGUGGUCUAUUCUAGAUUACUGGUCCAGUGAGCUUAUUGUCAUCAAGUCUGCAUGAGAAAAAAUGUCGAAGAUGGUCAUAAAUGUGGUGCUGUGAUUAUGACAGCUUCGUAUAGCCCCACACAAGAGUAACAGAUAUGAUAAUGGUAUAUAAAUGGGAAUUGUUUAGAAGAAAAAAUAUUGCAGACAUACUUCGCAAGUUUUCUGCCAUCCCCAUUGUACAUUUUGGUAUAAGCUGAGAAAGAGUAGGGUGUGAAUGGAGGCAUUCUGACACUAAUUUCCACCUUUUUCUAUACACAGAUAGAACAGUUCAGAGGUCAGGGAGUAGUUAAAAUUGAUAAUUGAUACGACCGAGUGUUAUGCAGUGGCUUAUGAAUAACUCUUUAAAACGCCUGGAACUAUCGUUGAGGUAGUUUUACUAGAUUUAUUCUGAUGAAUUACGUGCUAGUCACUGCACCUGAGAAUGGUUCUUUGUUGUACCUUUUGAAUUUUAUAGUAUUUUUACAUUGUAUGCAUUAAGUCUUGUUAAUUUAAAGCACAUUCUUAAUCUCAAAUGAUCUCACUGCUUCUAUUUUUUAUGUAAUAAAAUAAUUUUCACGUCUUUCAUUUACACCUCCAUAUUUUAUGACAGUGCUAUAUCAAGUAGUCUGUAUAAAUAGUAGGGAAAGUGCUUCUCUUUCACCUCUUAUUUUCUGACAUUAUCUCUGGUUUUCUUAUUUUAUGAGAGCUGCAUAUUGGUAUUAAAUGGUAUGGCACCUGCAAGUAUUACGAUGUUCUUCACAGUUGAACAUUUUUAUUUGCUGUCACUUAUAAUAUAACUAUGAUUUGUGGAACCUUUAUCUGUAAUUUUUUUUCCUUCACUUUCCAGUGUUAAUACUAAUUCUGGAGAAAAUGCUGAUUAUGAUUAAUCAUCUGAAAGGGGUAGAAUUUUGUAUGCAAGUGAUAUAUAGCACCACAAUAUUUUGUGACUUUGGUUGUCUUUAAAAUAUAUAUGUAUUUUUCUAUAUUUUGUGCAUCUUAAUACAUGAAUGAAUCCCUUUAAAUUUUGUUGGCUAGAAAUUUACACUUUUUUCUCCUUUUAUCUUUAAGUACAUUUUGUAUGCCACAAUAGUUUCUGAAACUAGAUCUUCCAAAGGACAAGUAUCUGCCCGUCUGUUUAGUUUAUUAAUGUUGUACUUAUCUGUUUUGUUGCACAUUUCUGUCACAGCACUUAACUGCAUGCUCUAUCCAUUCACAAAGCUGACCAAGGAAUGGAAGGUUGAAGAAAUAUGUGGUGCUUGUUUUUCUUUCAAACAUUUGAAAAUUUUUCAUGUGGUAUUGGUAAGUGUAGGCUUCCUGCUAACUUUUAAUUUUAGCAUACUAACAAUACAUUCUGCUUUGGUCAGUUCCCACAUCUUCAUUAAUGUAACACAGAUCUCUGAAUGGUGUGAUUUGUGCAUGCGUUGUAAAUAUAAUAUUCUUUUAUGAUUAUGAUGAUUAUAUAUAACCACUUUUAAUUUUUUUUCUUUUUUCCACCUAAUUAAAAUACCACAAGCCUGAGUCAUGUGUAUUAGCUAGUGAAUCUAGUUUCUAACACAGUGAAUGUAGAUGUUCUGUUAAUGUGAAUGUAGUAACAGCUUAGGUAGGUCACUUGAGUUUCAUAAGGGCAUCCCUUUGUAUAUGAGUGUGGUUUAAUAGGAGUAUGGAAUAUAUGUAAUUUGGAUGGUUAUGUUAUGAUAGAUAAUUUUUAUAUCUUCAAGAUAAAUAUUUUACUCUGAAUGAGAGUAGAUGCUGUUUCAAAACUUUUUGGGAGCUUAAAACUGUGUGCUGGACCAGGAUUUGAACCCAGAAUCUUGCACUGCAUAAGUAGUGCUCGUACCAGUUAAGCUAUUUGGGCAUAGCUUGAGAUGUUCACACCUUUAAUUUGCCAGUACCUUCCUUUUCAAAAGCCAAUUAAGUGAUUCCAAUCUCCACUGAUUUUCUCCGAGCUAUCUGAGAAACCUGUAACUUAGAAUUAUAAUCAGCAGCUAGUUCACUGUUCAUCACUUUUGCUUUUCAUUUUACAAUAAUUCAUUAAUUUUGCAGAUGAUAUGAUAUAUCAUGCAACAAUUUUUUCAUAAUUAGUUAUUAAUUAUGGAGCACAAAUGAAUUGCAGUGAUAAUGUAUUAUUAACACAGUUGCAUAUUUUUCCUAUGUUAUUUUCAUAAAGGUAUUAAUCCAUUUGCUUAUCAGUAAAAAAGACCACAUGUGUUAGUGUAAAAAUCUGUAGUUUAAUAGGCCGAUAAAAUUUCUUCCCCUGAUGGUAAUGAGUGCACAGCAAACAUUUCAGUUAUCGUCAAAGAUUAGUUUUAGUUUCCUAAACUACAUUUUUUGUGAAUUGCGUGUGGGAAGGAAAGAAGAAAAGGCUACAAACUUUAAUAUGAGAAGCUGUUAGAUAUCCACAUAAUCACAAAAGAUUUUAAAACCUAAUAACUUGUCAUACUGUGAUUACUACCGCACAUGCUUUGUCACUUGUAUUUUUAUGUGUCAGUAACACACAUUUUCAGUCUCUUUUUACUUACAAAAUACUAACAAUAAUACCUGUUAGAGCAUUUUUUAGUAGCUGAGGUGGUGGGUUUUAUCUGUUUUGCACAGGAACGUGCUGAGAUGGUUUUCCUUCGCUACUCACACCGAUGGGCUAAAGAAUUUGUCCGCAAACAUCUUGAGCUGUCAGUGGAUGGAGCAGGGCAUGGGGGCUUCCCCUCUGCACCUCCUCGACAUUGCAUUACCUCUCGGUGCCCUUGUCAAUUCAUAGAGGAGCACCUCAAAUAUAAACCACGAGGCAAGUGUUCGAUUAGAGACUUAUGUUUCAUGCCUAACUUUGGUUUUGAAAAGUAAGGUGAUUGUUCUGGUUACUGAUUCUGUGUAGGAUAUAUGCUUGCAUGUUACUCUGGUGUUGUGAGAUUGAUGGUACAUGAUAAAUUAACAAUUGCAGAGCAUUUUUAUUUCUGUGUAUUUGCUUUGUAUGUAGGGAGUAUUUCGGUCCAUGUGAUGAACAGCAACAAGGGCUUUCUUCUGGUUUGUGUUUCUUCCUGCAGGAAUUCUUGUUUUUCAGUAUUGGGACUUUCCUUUCAUUCAGUAUUAAUUACCACUACUUGAAACUUUGUGGUUUCCAUUAUAAUCUAACUCCAUAACAGGCAAUGUCUAAUAUGAAAGUUAUUGAAAGCUGUAAUUGUUAGAUGUUGUGCUACUGUGUUUAGUAUCAAUAUGUACUUAAUAGUCCUCUCUUUUUUAAGCAGUUUUAUGUUUAAUAGUUAUUUGAAAAAGUAGUUUUUCAUGUUGAGAGGUUUCAGUAUCAUGAAAAAGUUGUGUAGUAGUGAGACAAGUGUUUCUUUGAGAAUAAUGGAUAACUAUUCACCUUAAACAAAAUUGUGAAUUUCAAAUAUAGUUCAGUGUACAUAACAUAAGCUUACUUCAACACUGAGAUUGCACAGGAGUGACUUGAUGUGGUUGUGCCAUAAUAAUGGGGUAGAGUACAUCUUAUUUUUCUCAUUUGUUUACAAAGUAAGAGGUAAUGUUAUCUGCAGGACAAAAUUUGUAAAGAUGCCCUCUAAGCAUUCCCUGUAUACAGUCCAAUAUGUACUUCACUAAUACAACAGACGGUAAUCGCUUGUUCUUGUUUACUGAGUUUUAAUAACAUUUCAGUCAUAAAUAUAUUUAAUAUACGUGUGUAGAUGCGUUAGGUAGAAAGCAAUCACACUUUGAGUAUCAGAGCUCAGAAGUAUUAUUUUAUUUUUGUUGUUUUUAAUGCCUGUCAAUUGUCUGUAGCAUCUCUGUGUGUAUUGUAGAAGGGAGACAAGACAAAUGCUUCCACAUCAUGUAAUUUUUAUAUGUAUCUGAAGCAAUGUGAUUGAUAAUUCUAUUAUUUCAAAUGUCACUUGUCUUAAGAUACAUCAUAUCAACUUUUUUUUUACUUAUACAUACAGAUGAUGAGUGUAGCUUGUACACACCAAACAUUGUAAAGACAAGACAAGAGUGUUUCUUCAAAUUGACAGUAAGUUGGUUUAUUGUGUUAACCAGCGACUUUACAAAAUAAGAUUUCUGGAUUAAUUCUUUGAGUGGUUAAUGGAUUUCUGCACUUCAUUUACUAUCACAGGUUUGGGGGGGGGGGGGGUGUAUUUGAAAAGAGGAUAAGAUAUUAAGAAGGAUCCUUCUGCAUCAUAAUUCCUUAACUAUUAUCUUUCCUCACUGAUACAGCAUUGCUUGCUUUUCUCAACUCCGACCUGUUUUGAAAUUUAGAAUUACACACACACACACACACACACACACACACACACACACACACACA